AUGCCACAGCCAUCCGAGUUAAGUAAACUUGGAAAGGGCAGCUGCCAGCCAAAGCCCCCCGCGGGACUUGCGUUUGUGGCCUUGGGACUGGACGCUAGACGCAUAGUAAGAGCGCUGGUACACUGCGGCUACCGCGAACCCACUCCAAUCCAGCGCAAAGUGAUACCUCUGAUUUUGUCUGGAAGGGAUGUGGUUGCCAUGGCCCGCACCGGUUCUGGAAAGACAGCUGCCUUCUUAGUGCCGCUGAUCCAGCGCAUAGCGCUCCAUCCGACGCAGUGCGUCGGUGUCCGCGGGCUCGUGCUAUCACCCACGAGAGAGCUGGCUCUACAGACCUUCAAGUUUUUAUGCGAAUAUGCAAAAUAUGCAAGGUUGCGGGCAGCGCUUCUCAUCGGCGGAGAGUCACUGGAAGCACAGUUCGCCGCACUUGCGCAAAAUCCCGAGGUUUUGGUCGCGACUCCUGGUCGCCUGCUGCAGGUGCUUGACCAAGUUCCUCACUUUUCUUUGAAGCUAUUGGAAAUAAUCGUUCUCGACGAGGCCGAUCGCUUGUGGGAAGGCAAUUUGGCCAGUGAAUCGAGGCGAAUACUCGACAUGCUGCGGGGUACACCGCAGGUUGAGAACGUGUCGGGCCUGAACGUUGCUGCUCAGACACAGAAAGUGCUGGUAUCGGCGACAUUACCAAAAGAUCUCGCAAACUUUUCGCAGAUGGUCCUCUCAUCGCCUGCAUUUGUGCGGCUUGAUGAGGAAAAAUUGCUCUCCGAAGCUGUGGAGACCGGCUAUAUUUUCUGCAGGCAGGAAGAAAAGAUCGCUGCUCUGAUCCAUGUACUGCGCACGCUCUUAGCGUCCAGCAAACGGAUUUUAGUAUUUUUUGCCACGAAACAUCAUGCGGCAUAUGCACAUAGGCUCUUAUCUAGGUAUGAAAAUUGGCCAGUCGCUUGUAUUCACGGUGGGAUGGACCAAAUAUGCAGAAAGAGGACCCUAGAGGAGUUCAGAAAGAAGGAACAAGUCUCACUUUUCGUGACAGAUGUGGCAGCGCGCGGGCUCGAUUUACCACAGCUGGACGUGGUGAUCAAUUUCCAUUUCCCACCAAGCCCGAAACUAUUUGUGCACCGCUGUGGACGAGUCGGUAGACGCGGACGCAAAGGGUGGUGCUGGUCUCUCGUGUCGACAGAUGAAGUACCAUAUAUGCUCGACGUGUGGUUGUUCGCCAACGACGGGAAAUCUUUUGCCUUCCGAGAAUCCAGUGAAGAGUGCCCCGUGGAUGUCGGUAACCGCGGGUACGUGCGGGACCUUAGAUCCCAGAACGUCGGUCGCGUGUCCUCUGCCAUUUGCCAAAGUAUUGCAGAGCGUAUACAGAGGGCCGAAAUGGAAGAUGCAGAGCUGCAAUCGCUCCAUCAGAGUUGCGUCCGUGCCUAUGAUCUGUACCGAAGAACGAGGAUCAAAGCAUCCGGAAGCUCUGUUGUGCGUGCACGACAUCUUCGUAAUGAGUACUGGAGCCACGUGUCGAUUCACCCGAUUUUUUCCUCUGCGACUGCUCAAGAGGAAACGCCUGCACAGGAGCAGGCUGGGAGAGUGGUCCAAGUUCCAAACAGUGACGGCCCGGAGACAAAACGAAGCGAAGUGCUCCGGGAUAUUCACUGCUGGCGACCACGUGCGCCCGUUUGUAACGUGCAGCAGACAAUAUCCGGCCAUCACGCAUUGCUUCGCACUGCCUCAGGUCCGGGACCUCGUCUUAAUGAAACUAUCUGCCGGGAGACUGAGGCCAAUGAUACAACCACGGCGCCUAGCAGUACCGCUGCUUUGGACGAAGCAGCCGCGAUUUCUGUGGACUGUGGACAGAGCGAUGCCUCGUCCGCUGAUCGAAUAGAAUCGAACACAAGAGAGAAGCCUCGCCAGCGGAAGCGUGCUCGUGAGGCGCUGCUGCAGCGGGAGCACACGUUCGCCGUUCCAGCAGAACCUCCUGCCUCGACAGUUACGGAUCGGAUCCGGGCGGCCUUUCUGCAGCUGGAUCAGAGUACGGACGUCGAUCCGAAGAAAAAUGACAACAGUGCUAGUGGCGUUGGAGGAUUGGGAGCAUCUGUUUCUCGCCGAUCAUCCAGCCUACAAUGGGACUUCCGUCGUAAGAAAUUCAUUCGAACAACGUCACAGAAUGGAAAUAUCAACGAUAUUCGGGUUCGGCGAAGACUGCGUCGAAAGUUUUCAGAGGAGAAGAAACAAAAGAAUGCCACCCGAGAUACCGUUACAGCCUAUGAAAGAUGGACACAGAAAACACAAGCCUACAUUCAGCAAACAGGAGCUUUGCCUAGAUCAUCCAUAUCAACGCUAGCGCUCCAGACUGUGCGCAAACCUGAUUAUCGCAGCAAGCAGAAAAAGAGCUCGCGGUGGCGUUCGCGACAUGCUCCACUUGGGCUUCAUAUCGACACAGAAGUGAUGCCGAGCUCCGCGCAGAUGAUCUCAAACCGAGCUGUAACGCGCUCUCUUCCUGAAAUUCGGAAGCAUAGGAAACGCAAGGCCGUGAUUCAACAUAUUCAGCGAAAGAUCGGGAAACCAAGCCGUUCGAGAAAGUAG